CCUCAAAGGGCGGUUCAUUCAUUCACGAGGACUUCAACACCCAGAAGGAGGCACCCCCUCAGGGCCCCGGCGCUCCUCAGAGGAGGGUGGCCUCCUCAGCAGAAACUCAGCAAGAGUCAUCCAGUGGACAGCACCAGCCACAACAUCAUGACGUCCCGACCUGUGCCCUCUGGCAUGUUCAUGAUUGUAAGCCCCAAUGGGAUCAAUAUCCCCCAGAUGGAACAGCCUGGGCCUUCCCCCCAGUCAAACAACAACCUGAAGAAGGGGCUCAAGGAGGAGUACAAAGUUCUUGGGACCAUCCAGAUCAUGGCUGGCCUGAUGAUUCUGAGUGUGGGGAUCAUUGUGGCAUGCCCACAUGAUGCAUCCCACUUCAAACCUUCCCAUUCCAAAGUCGUGAGCUCUGCCUACCCAUUUUUAAGUGGCGUGUCGUUCAUCAUUUCUGGAUCACUCUCUAUAGCAUCCGAAAAGAAAAAGAUGAGAACCUUGAACCGCGUCAGCCUGGCCGCAAACGUGAUCAGCGGCAUCAAGGCCACAGCUGGUCUCAUCUUGUUCUCUGUCAUCCUGCCUGAGGUGGGUGAGGAUUUAGCUCAGUGCAUCCAAGCCUUGGUUUCACAAGAAGGAGAGGAACGAGACGAUUCCUACCACUACCCUCCGCAUCCCAGCCCAUGGAUGUGCCACAUGGCUGCCUCUGCUCUCACUGGGACCGUGUCUGUGAUGCUAAUCUUCACUGCGCUGGAGCUUUGUGUCGCUCUGUUUGCAGCCAUCUUUGAUUGGAGGAGACUUUCAGUGGACUCUAGUGGGAGCGUCCUCUUCCUCCCACAUGGUCACCAUAUCAAUUCCAACUUAAGGACCAAUCUUUAUGACCCUGCCUACGAACAACUGGGGGCCUCUCCUUAGAAGAUGAUGCCUUAAAUCCUUCUGUGAGCUCUGGAGGUCAUCGUCACCAUCACUGAGAGAGCCAAGGCCCAAGACAAGUGUGAUUCAAGCUCCUGAAAACUUCUGAUUCAUUGGGAGAGGCAGCAAAUGUUUGCUCCUUUUAAAGUCAAUUUCUUUCUUCCUUAUGGGUCUGUCCUUGGCCUCAACUUCAUGGAGGGUUUCCAGUAUCUCUGGGGAGCAUUUUCCCAGGUUGCAAACUGCCCCCUUCUCCCCUUCCCUCCCCCUCCCCCUCUGCUGUCAGGUGAGCUGUGGACUCCAUGCUGCUACUUUGGGUGAAACAGAGUCACAUCAUUUCCUUUUUACAGUCACCCUUCACUGCCCAUAGGUUUGGGCUAGAGAGCCGAGGCCCCAGUCUCUUGCCAGGGCUGGGAUGUUUCCCACGUUCACUUUGCCUGUAUCUAUGCAAAGAGCAUGAGGCUUUGAGUUAUAUCAGGGCAAUGCUGGUGCAAUCUGCUCACUAAUAAAUUCCUUUUUUGACCUCUAA